CCGACCCGUAGGAUGUCGUGCGCGCUUUCAACAUACCUGCUGCUGCUCACCACUUGUCUGAUCGGUCUUUGACUUUUUUCACUUCUUCGUUGCAAUCGUGCGUUGCUUACCGACAGUUUUUAAAGGCAUUUGAGAAAAUUAAACAAGGAAAAUGAGGGAAAAUACUUUGCUAUUGGUUAUCUGUCUACUCUAUUGCGUCGGCAUAUCACUAUCAGCGCCCGGAAGGAGUGCGGAUGAAGUACUGAUCGGCGAGGUGGACAUUGCGAUGCGUGGCGACGACGACAACCCAAAGCAGAUUGCCAGCACUUCGGAGCGAUCUUUCACGUCCAACAAGUGUAUUGUCGACAAUAAGGCCUACUCUCACAGUCAGAUGAUCCCAUCACGUGAUGAGAGCUCGCAUUGUCUGUGCGUGGCGGGCGAAGUGUACUGUUGGUGGCAGACCUUCGGGGGCCCCAAGCUGAGCGACAAGCUACCAACCGACGAAGAGGAUGAAGAGGAGGACGAGGAAGAGGAAGAUGAAGAUGACGACGAAGACUCUUGGACAACAGAGGAGGACGAUUACUCAGCUGCCCGGCCUGAGGCUACACCAGAAGCUUCCGGACACAGCCUAAAUCAUAACGGCAAUGAAGAUGGAAACCAAGCUGGCAACGUAAAAGAGAAUAAUGAAAAUCGUUUAGCUGCAAAUUUGACAACAACGGCCGCUCUUUCGACGACAACGGCACGUCCAACAUGUCUCGUCAUGGGAAGGACAUAUCAGCAAGGCGAGGUGUUGCCGCAUUCGACAGGCAAUUGCGUGGAGUGCAGCUGCGGCUCCGAGGGUCGUAUUGAAUGCUCGCCUCGCGAUUGCGUUGGGCUGAGGCCUCAAAAUGCCGGAGGCGGUGAUCUUGAUCUGUUCGAGCUUGACCGUGAUCGAGGCAUCGAAGGUAGCUUCUAACAAGUCAUCAACAUUGUCGACGCUGACGCCCUCGAAGACGCGGACGACUAUUGAUAAGUUUAUCCGCUACAUUUGAUUAUAUUCCGGGUACAUACAUAUAGGUACACUGAUACGAGGUGCGUCUUCCCAAAUACAUACAUACAUAUUUGCCCGAUUUAUUCAAUUGCCAUAUAUAUAAAGAAAAUUGAAUGUCAGUGAAGGAAAUCGACAAAAGCGAAUAAAUUCAAUUGGUAAUUUAUGAAAAAAAUCAGAUAAAAGCGUCGAUAGUUCUUUUGACAUUUUAGCGAGAUGGUAGGUUUUUACAUAACUGAAUAUCAUAUCGUCGCAGACAGAAAUCAACUUUAUAGAAGGAAAGAUGAUAAUUUAGAAUAGGUAGAACACCAUUACCAUGAGUAUAGAUUUCAAUGCCUAAUUUAUGUAUACAAAUUUCUCACAUUUAAACUAUGUCUAUUAGUAUGAAAAGAUUUGUAUAGUACAUAUUUGUCAAAAGUUUUCAAAAUUUGAAUAAAUACAUAAAAAAUUACGUCAUUGAAACUAUCUCGUAUGUGGUUCAACAGUACAAUUCUUUUGCUGCUGAAUAACUUCAUUAUCAUAACGUGACGAUAUCAGCAUACCUCAAUAAAUUCAUAUACCACGCCAUCAGUUUUUAACUGUUCUUCAGUUUCAAUCAUAACACCAUUUUUUAUUUCAUGAAAGGUAUUUUACUAUGAAAGUUUUUAAAUGUUUUAAUAUAGAAAAGUUAGAUAUUAUUUUUACACUGAAUACAAAAAGAACGCAUCAUAUAAUCAAAACAAGCUCAUUGCACUCAAUGUUUUUGAUACAUUUAAUGCAAAUUAUUUCUGUCGAUCUACAUUUAUUUAAAGAAAUCAUAAAAUUGAGGAAAUUUCCCUACAUAAAUAGUGAAAUGAGAUACAUGGAUGCAAUAGGCAUAAAAUCUCAUUUGAAUGUAUUUUUCUCAAUAAAGUAAAUAAACAUAGUUUCUCACUAAUAUGUUAAAAAUAUGCAGUUAUAAUCAAAGCAGUUAGGAACAGUUUAGAUUUUUAUAAAGCAGCGCAGGUUCGCUUUCCAAACUACUUUAAUUGAAUUUUUCUAUCUUCAUUUAUUGUAGUGCAUGGCGAUUUUCUUUCAAUAUUAUUAUUAUUUAGCAAAAAGAACAGUAUAUAAAAAUGUCAACUGUAACAUCAUUAAUGAUAAGACCGUUUAUAAUAUUUCAUAUCAGAGAUGGUAGAACUUUUCAAAAAAUAAUCGGACUUAACAUAUCAUGAAAUUAAAUUAUAACAUUUCUGGUUUUUUUAAAACUAAAUAAAUUAAUUUCAUCGACCAAGUAAAUUGUCAUUCGUGUACAAACAACAAACCAUUUCUAUAUUAUUUUCAGCAAGAACUCAGCGUAAUAAUUCAAAAACUGUAGGUAUUUUAAGAGAAGCAAAAAACACAAGUUCGUAUGACGGGCUACAGUUACGAAAGAAAUAAAAUGUAAAAAGCAGUCUCCAUUCAUUAGACUAUUAUUCUCCAGUUUUACGACACCCUAUAAAAAUUAUUGUUUUUAUCUUCUAGUAUAACUCUACGUUCCUAUUCAAUAUCAUUGAUAUAAUUCUGUUAAUAAACUAUUUAAAAGUAUUUUCACAAAAACUGCUUUCAUUAAUAUUUAUUAUGUUUUAUCUAUUUCAUGAUUGACUAAAUACUAACAAGGAUACCAACAAAGCUACAGGAGGUAAAUUUCAAUCAAAUGCUGAAAAAUAAUCCUUGUAAAAAUAAAAAUACCCGUCUCACAGAUCCAUUUUUGAGAUCAAAUUAGCCUUAUAUAUAGUAUCUUGAAACAGUAAGUCCAUUAUUAUGUCUAAAUAACCCUUUUAGAAAUUGGUCUACAGUUUUAUAGCCUUUACAGUUCAAAGAUCACAAGUAGAAAUGAAAUUAGUUAAAACGAAUUGUCGAAAAAAGUUUUACUAUUCCAAAGUCAAGUCAUUAAAAAAUUUAUAAAUAAAAUUUCCGAUAAAUUUCCUUCACGAGAAAAUUAACUUAUUAUUUAAGCAAAUUUUGUAUUAGCGUAACUUCCUAACAGUUUAAUCUAAAAAAAUUCAACUACCCGUAUUGAUUAUAGCUUUCAUUUAAUGACUUUCACAUUGCAAUAAAUCAAUUUUGAAUUAUUAGUUAACGUUAGACAUAAGCUAAAUUUUACAAUAUAUAAAAAUAUUAUUUAUAAAGACUCUUAAGUCCAAAAAAAGCCUAUGAAAUAAAAUCCAAAAACACGGUUGUUUUUCUAUUGGUAAGGAGAAUUUUUCCAAAUUGAAUUUUCACCAAAAUUUGUCUCUCGUAAAUCUGAUGGUCUUCUUGUAAAAUUAUUAUAUUUUAUCGAUAAAUAUAUGUUUGCGAAAUUCAAUAUUCAAAUGACUGUAUAUGGCUUUAACAUAAAUCUUGAUAUUUAUAUGUGUACUACAUCGCUGUAAAAGUUUAAUAAGUGGAACAAAAGCACUAAUAAAUAAUAUAUGAUAUAGUAAUGUAAAACAUAUUAUUUCUAAAUAUAUAUAUAUAUAUAUACAUAUAUUCUAAUUAUACACUACAGUAAAUAGAUAAGUAUAAUAAAUACAUAUAAAACGCAUUUUUUCAUGUAAAAACGGAUACAUGUAUUUUGUAUUGAAAUGGUUGUAUCUUGUCUUAUGACGGUUUGUUUUGAAUAAUAUAUAUGCAAAUAAAUCACUUGCGGUAGUAAUUUUAGACGAACAGUAUUUGCAUAAAACAUUGUCAAACUAUAUAUUACAAUAUGUGUUCAACAAAGAUGCUUCUGUCUGGUGAUGAACAUGUAUCACCCAUGAUCGCUUCGUUCGAGUGAAAACACUCAUUGGACUAUAAUCUACUUUUCCACACUAGUAUUGUAAUAUAUUGUCAUUCAAUUCUAUUGAAUUUAUUUAUUACAUACAUACAUAUAUAUAUAUACAUAUGUGUGUAUGUGUGUGUGUUGUUAUUUCAAUGUAUAUGGACAAAAAUGAAUGAUUUUUAUCUUAAGUUUCAUGUAAACCGAAUAGACUAGACUCCAUUGUGAUAAAAUGACCAGCGAAAAAAUGUUAUGAAUUUUGCAUUUUCAACAAUAAUCUGAAUUUAUAGAUAUUCAGAAAUAAAGAAAUGAACAUUUUAUCAACAUACAUUUUGACAUUUCAUCGUAGUAAAAUUAUUGAGUUAUAAUUUAAAAAGAACAUAUGUAAAAAUAAAAUUUUUAAAUUGAAAAAUUAUUCAAUUGUUUGAGUAAAACUGUAGCAAGAUAAAGUGUAAUAAUAAAUCAU